AUGGAGGCACACGCAGCGGAAACGGACAGAGGCGUUCAAGAGGCCAAAGAUCAGUCAACGUACCUGCUCAACGAGCGGGAAUCCAGUCCUCCACCACUAAUCACACAUACAUCAAACCCCACAAAACAGUCCUACAAAUACACGCUGCACAUAAUCCUUGUCCUCCUCACGCUCGUCAUCCCCAUCGUAGCACUAGCAGCAUGGCUGGCAACUUCGGGCAUCCAUGCCCGCUUCAAGACGUUCCAUGGCGAGGAGAUUGGCGGCCAUCUUACCCAGGCGCAGGCGAAGGCACUCGAUGUCGUCUCUGGUGCUGUGCUUGCGCCGCUGGUCAUGGCGGGCUUGAAUCUGGUGUGGUUUGCUGUUGCCAGGGUUGCAGUUGUUAAAGAGGAGGGAGAAGACACUCGCAAAUACCCCCCUGCUAGCAAUGCAGAUUCCUUCCGUCGCGGCAUCCCGCUGUCCUCUCUAGUGGCAGCCAGCCAAUCAAGCAGCGGCACCUAUGACCUGCUGCACCUGUGGACCCUCCUCCGCGGACGCACAAUGCGGCUCGUCUCGCUCGUCCUGCUCUGCCUCUUCUCGGCGCUCGGCCGCUCCGCCCUCGCGAACCUGGUCGCGUACGAAGCAUUCUUCGAGAACGUCGCCUCGCCGCACCCGUACCAGCUGCGCUACAUGCGCGACGCGGUCAUCGAGUCUAGCGUCGUCAUCCCGACGAGCCUGCAAAUGGAUGUCUUCGGCUUCAACACGGAGCAGCAGGCCAGCGUCGCGAACCAGAUGAGCGGGAUGCUGACGGGGCUGAACUUCCAGAACGCGACCAAGAUGCUCGAGAGCGAUGGGUCGUAUGUGGGCGUGAACACGACGGCCGCGGCGCUGGACGCGCUGCCAGCGUCUGUGGUCGGCCUAGUAAACGUGCCAGGCUUCCGGGUCAGCGUCGAGUGCGCGCCGGCGCAGCUGUCGAAUCUCGCCGUCCUAGCCAUGGGCGCGUACGACACGUCCAUCAACGGCAUCGCUGACACGACGCUCUUCCGGGCGCAGAUUCCGGGCCCGUCAUCUGUGCUCAAGGGCGCCUCGAACGAUGUCUACUCCUUCGUGGCCUUCGACUUCAACACGACCAACGCCUUCCUCGGCUACCUCACCUCCUUCGACUACUCCAACUACACGAUCGCAACGCCGUACGGCACGCUCAAUCCCACAGUCGCAAACAUGACGUCGUCGGGAUUCACGGGCACCAAAGCGACCAUGUCCGUCUGGGGUCUCCAAUGCAGCCUGUACCAGCAAAGCGGGCAGCUGAACCUCACCCGCGCCCACAACUCCGACGUCACCAUCGCCGCAGCAACCUUUGCCCCCGAAACCGAGAAGAUGAAAAUCCCCUCCGCCCUCGCUACCUGGCAGGCCAACCUCAACUACCACGCCCCCACCGCCGCAAUCCCGGGCAUCGGCCCCGCGCUCGCGCGCACCGCGUGCCCGGCCACCGCCUCCAGCGCCGACAGCACGCUGUGCAGCGCGGGGCAGAACAGCACGGACUUCGCGGCGCUGGCGCGCAAUUUCUUGUAUGCGUCUGCCGAAGCACGGACGAUUGCGAUCGAGGUUGCGGCGAGCAACGCCACGCGCGAAAAGCCCGAGUACGUGUAUACCGUGCAGGCGGUCGUGACGCGGCAGUUCUACCGCAUGACGUACGUGCCCGUCGUCCUGGCCGUGGGGCUCGCGAGCCUGGUGCUGGCGGCGCUGGUGGUGGGGGGGAUGGCGUGGGUGGCGCGCGGGAGCGAGGCGGUGGGCGGGUGGCGCGUGAGGGAUGUGGGGCGGGUGGUUGUGGAUGCGGUGGCGGGGUUGGGAGGGGAGAGGGGAGGCGGGGCUGAGGUGGGCUGUGUGGCGGCGGGGUCGAAUGAGGGUGUUGCGAGGUGGACGGAGGGCUGUAGGGUGGUUUAUGAGAGGGCGGUCGAUGGGGAAAGGGUUGCUAGGGUGCGGUUGAGGAGGGUGGGUGAGAAGGGGGGUGAGGGUGUUGUUUGUUGA